CGCGAUGACGCAACGCGACAACUGCGGGUCCCGAUUGCUGCAGCCGCUUGUCAGUGUGACGAAGAUUGGCACUCAGGACUGCCGCUGUCCCUCCAGUCUAUAAUGCUUCAGUGCUCACCACAUUUGCAUUAAUCAUGAUGGCGGCCCAGUCGGUGUCCAGAGAGGAAUACCAGGAGGGAGAGCAGAUGCAAGUCGUGGAGCAGACGGACGGCGACCCAGACCAGAGGUUUCCUGCCGGGGGCACGGCGGGCUCCAGCAGCCCUGCUCCGGCCGAGACGCAGACGCCCAUGGACGCCGACAAGGAGUCCAUAUACAGGCACCCCCUGUUCCCCCUCCUGGCCCUGCUGUUUGAGAAGUGCGAGCAGUCCACGCAGGGCUCGGACUGCGUCACCUCCGCCAGCUUCGACGUGGACAUCGAGAACUUCGUCCGCAGCCAGGAGAAGGAGGGCAAGGCCUUCUUCAGCGACGACCCGGACCUCGACAAUCUGAUGGUGAAGGCCAUCCAGGUGCUGCGCAUCCAUCUGCUGGAGCUGGAGAAGGUGAGCGAGCUGUGCAAGGAUUUCUGCAGCCGCUACAUCGCCUGCCUCAAGACCAAGAUGAACAGCGAGACGCUACUAAGUGGAGAGCCAGGCAGCCCCUACUCUCCAGUGCAGACACAGACUCCCAGCGCCUUGACAGGAACGCUCAGCCCCCAGGGGAUCGUGGUGCCAGCAUCAGCUCUGCAACAAGGCAACGUCACCGUGACGACCGUCAACCCCACACAGGUGGUGGCAGGGGGCACGGUGUACCAGCCUGUCACAGUUGUCACUCCACAGGGACAGGUGGUGACUCAAGCCCUCUCGCCCGGGACGAUACGCAUCCAGAACACACAGCUCCAGCUGCAGCUAAACCAAGACCUGAGCUUUUUCAACCACGACGACGGGUCGUCCAAGAACAAGCGUGGCGUGCUGCCCAAACAGGCCACCAACGUCAUGCGCUCCUGGCUCUUCCAGCACAUCGGGCAUCCAUACCCCACUGAAGACGAGAAGAAACAGAUCGCCACCCAGACCAACCUGACCCUGCUGCAGGUCAACAACUGGUUCAUUAACGCGCGGCGGCGGAUCCUGCAGCCCAUGCUGGACGCCAGCUCCUCGGAGACGCCCAAGACCAAGAAGAAGACGGCACAGAACCGGCCGCUGCAGCGCUUCUGGCCCGACUCCCUCGCCUCGGGCGUUCCUCAGCAGCAGGUCACCAUGGCCGACGGUACCAUGGUGACGGUGAGCAUGGACGGCCUGCAGUCGCUGUCGUCGGACGGGGCGACGCUGGCGGUGCAGCAGGUGAUGAUCGGGGCCGGGCACAGCGAGGACGAGUCAGGGGAGAGCGGGGAGGACGAGGACGGGGACCUGUCCAACUCCAGCAUGGCCGGGCUGGGCCUGGAGACCAGCGACUCGCUGCAGUAGGACUGGACGCUGGGACCCUCGGAGACACGGCACACGCAGCAUGCACACAGAAACACACACACACAAAACAACACUGACACGCUCACUCCGACACAGACGACACACACACAGCACAACACUGAAACGCUCACUCCGACACAGACAACCCACACAGCACAACACUGAAACACUCACUCCGACACAGACAACCCACACAGCACAACACUGAAACACUCACUCCGACACAGACAAC